AUGUCCUGCCACCUGCACCAGCACCUCCCUCUGCUCUACCAGGACCCCGUGGCGCUGUCCCCUGGUGUCCCCUUCCCGGCUCAGCGGUGGCACUCCACCACCUGCAUCCCCCAAGCCAUGCCCGGCCAGGUGCCCCUGCAGCGGGCGAUGUCCUCCAGCGUGUGCCAGCAGCAGAGUGUCACCCAGGCCGUGCCACCCCGCCAGCUCCACGGACCCCCCUGCGUGCCCCAGCACCUCCUGCACCAGCAGAUUGUCCCCAGGCGGGUGACAACGUGCGUGCCACCGCAGCAGCGCGUCACCCAGUGCGUGCCACACCAGGUGGGGGUGACGCAGUGCGUGCCACAGCAGCUGCGGGUGCCACAGUACUGCCCGCGCGUCCCCCAGCAGCAGAAGGUUGUCCCCAGGUGUGUCACCACCUGCGUGCCACAGCAGCGCGUGACGGGCGGCGCGGGUGCCACCGCCGUCACCCACUGCGUGCCGCAGCAGCUGCAGGUGCCACCGCCUGAGUGCGUCCCCCAGCAGCAGAAGAUUGUCCCCAGGUGUGUCACCACCUGUGUGCCGCGGCCGCCGUUCGUCACCAAGGGUGUCCCGCAGCAGCAGAGUGCCACCAGGUGCGUCCCCCAGCAGUGCGUGACCAGCGUCUGUCCCCAGCAGGGUGUCCCCAGGUGUGUCACCACCUGUGUCCCCCAGCAGCGCGCGGCCCGGGGCGUCUCGUACCAGUGUGUCACCAAGUGUGUCCCUCAGCAGUGUGACACCGUUUGUGUCCCUCAGCAAAGUGCCACCAAGUGUGUCCCCCAGCAAAGUGUCAAGUGUGUCCCUCAGCAGUGUGGCACAAUUUGUGUCCCUCAGCAGUGUGGCACAAUUUGUGUCCCUCAGCAAAGUGCCACCAAGUGUGUCCCCCAGCAAUACGGGACAAUCGGUGUCCCCCAGCAGUGUGUGACCAAAUGUGUCCCCCAACAAAGUGCCACCAAGUGUGUCCCCCAGCAGUGUGGGACAAUUUGUGUCCCCCAGCAAAGUGCCACCAAGUGUGUCCCCCAACAGUAUGGGACAAUCUGUGUCCCCCAGCAGUGUGUGACCAAGAGUGUCACUCAACAGAGUGCCACCAAGUGUGUCCCCCAGCAGAGCGUGACCAAGUGUGUCCCCCAGCAAAGUGCCACCAAAGGUGUCACCCAGAAGUACAGGACAGUUUGUGUCCCUCAGCAAAGUGCCACCAAGUGUGUCCCCCAGCAAAGUUGUGUGACCAAAUGUGUCCCCCAGCAAAGUGCCACCAAGUGUGUCCCCCAGCAAUGUGUGACCAAGAGUGUCACUCAACAGAGUGCCACUAAAUGUGUCCCCCAGCAAAGUGCCACCAAGUGCAUCCCCCAGCAAUACGGGACAAUCGGUGUCCCCCAGCAGUGUGUGACCACAUGUGUCCCCCAACAAAGUGCCACCAAGUGUGUCCCCCAGCAGUGUGUGACCAAGAGUGUCCCCCAGCAGUGUGGGACAAUUGGUGUCCCCCAGCAGUCUGGUGGAGUGAAGAUCUCCAGCCACUCCAAGAAAUACUGCUCUGCCCCCAAGUGGCCCUGGUGA